AUGCGAGAUUCGGAAGCGUUUCUCGCUCUGCUUGUGACUGUGUUCGCUCGAGUUCAGAGUCAACCGCACCAAAUGUCGAAUGUUGGCAAUAUCGGUGAGUUUUUAGAGGUGUUUGAAACGUUUUCUUGGUAGAGAUUGAGCCCCUUCUCUGAGCAUAGGCCUUUUAGGGCGAGAACUUUAUCCGAGCAGGCCCUAACUUUGCAAUAUUGUCAGUCUGGGUUUGAAGUAUGUAUUUUGAAAGUUUCAGCCCGAUCGGAUCAUCUGGAGAUAUAGUAAUUUGGGCCGAAAAGCCUCUACUUUUGGCCCAGUUGUCAUACCCUAUCUUCCGAUCGAACCCAAACUUUGCAAACUUCUUGGACUUGGGUUGAAGUGCCUUGGGUCCAAGUUUCAGACCGAUCGGAUAAUCUAGACCUGGCCUAAUCGGCCUCAAAUCAAUCCGGACCAGAUGAUCCGAUCGGUCUAGAUACUUCAGCCCAAGUCCAAGAAGUCUGCAAAGUUUGGGUCCGUUCGAAAAGUAGAUAAAUAACUGGGCCAAAAGAACAUGCGUCUCGUAGCGUACUUAACAACCGUAGACCGAAUCGCUUUCAGUACUCGAACAAGACCCUCGCGAUCAAGACCCAUUCUACCGAAACGUCUACGCGAGGGCCGACGGAAUGCCGCUCGCGUCCGUCAAUUCGGUGGUGCACAACGUGAAGCACCAGUCGGAAGGCCAAUUUCUGAUUUGGGACGAUCUUCCGUCGCAUCGCGUCCGUCCCGGCUACACGACGACGACGAGAAAGCCGAAAACGACGACGACGACGGUUUGUGGGUGCGAGGAAGGCAGCGACCGGGAGCGCCGUGGUACCAGAAGUGAGUGGGCGGGAGGGGGGAGUGGAGCAUGAAUGGAAUGCUUUCUUGCAUGCUCUGUUUGCACCUGUGCGCAUUUAAGAUUCAGCGACGUGGAAGGAUACUCGGAAGGCCAAGGAUCAGACUACGACGAAGCGCCGCCUUCGAGAGUCAGGGGAAGGUCAGUGAGCACGAAUCCACGAAUCCGUUGACUGCUUGCUUCUCUCAUUUUAAUGCAAAAUAAUAUGAACCAGACAGACUGAAAUUUUCAGACGACCUCCGGGAGGGAGAGGAAGACGUCCGCCGGCUCCGAUGGCUCCGGUCAGAAUCAAAGCCGAGGAACUUUUGGAGAACGCGGACGGUGCCGGAGGAGGCGAUUUCGCCGGAGACGGAGAAGGAACGAAAGUGGAAGCGGGAGACGGAAAGGGAGAUUCGGAAGGAAAGAAGGAGGAGCCGACGUCCCGGAAACCGGCAGUGACGACGACGAAAGCACACGAAGGGAAGAAGAACAAGAAAAAGGAGGAGAAGGAGGACGAUGAGGGAAUGAAACAUGAAGAAGAAGAAGAAGAAGAAGGAGUCGGAGAGGCGGAUGAGACAAAGAACGAGUUGGUGGACCUGGCGGAUGUCAAGAAACAAGGAGUUCAUGUUAGUUAUUUUAAAAAGUGGUCAACUGGAAACUUGUUGCAAAUUUUGUGCUCUAUAACUUUGCAAUUGAUCACUUUACUCCAAACCUUGUCGUUUUUGAAUUAUAAUCAAAUUUCUAAACAGUACGAGACGGGAAACUAACAAAUCAGAAUUUCAGAUGCUGAGAACGCACGGGAAAGGAAAGCAAACUGGUGAUAAGACAGCGGAAGAUGAAGAGGAAACUCCAGAAGACGAAGAUGACAACGAGGGAAAGAAGAAGAAGAAGAAGCCGAAGAAAGGAAAAAAGAAAGAGGAAGAGGAAGACAAAGAGAAGGAGGGAACUGUCAGGAAAGGAAAGCAGAAAGAAGGACAAGGUGAGAGGAAGAGCAAGAAAAAGGGAAACAAGAAGGAGGAUGAGAAUCAGGAAGAAGAAGAAGAAGAACAAGAAGACGAUGAGAAUGGGGAGUUGAAGAAGGUGGAGGGAGAAGUGAAAAUUCAGAAGGCAGUGGACGGAGAUACGGAUAAUGAGGAUGGUGAAGAAGAAGAAGAAGAUGAAGAAGAAGAAGACGAAGAAGUAGAGGAAGAGGAAGACGAUGAGCCGAAAAAGAAAAAGGGAAAGAAAAAGAAAGAGGCGGAUGAAGAUGGAGAUGAAGAAGACGAAGAAGAAGAAGAAGAAGAGACAAAGAAGAAAGAGAAGAAGAAGAAGCCGAAGCCCUCGUGCCCUCCACCUCAGCAGCGGCCAGAUCCACAAUCUCCGCAUCAUCCGACGGUCCCGCCGAACCAAGUACCGUACCCGCACCCAGAUGUCUAUGGAUACCCGACGACGACGCCUUCGACGACAACGACAACGACGGUGCAGAAUGGAUAUGUAACUGGUGUUCGGGUGAGUCUUCUUUUUAGAAGAACAGUUUUUUGUAUAACGUUUCAUCUUAGAAAUGGUUGAAUCCCUUGGAAGCAUUCCAAGUGACUUCAAUUUAAGAGAUUACGGUUAAUUUUCAGGAUGAUUACCACGAUUUUGAGAAUAUGGAUUGUAAAGAGAAAGAAGAAGAUGAAGAGGAGGAAAAUGAGGAAGAGGAUGAGGAAGAGGAAGAGAAGAAAAAGAGCAAGAAGAAAAAGAAGAAGAAGGCGAAGAAGGACAAGAGGAAGAAGAAGAAGAAGAAGAAGGGAAAGAAGGGAGACAAGAAGGGACGCAAUUUCGAUUAUCUCACUUCCAAAGAGAAAUUGGAUCAGAACAAGAGAAAUAGGGGACAUAUUUUGGAUGAGUUACAUGGUAAGCAUACAAAAUCUUCAUUCCCUAACAGCAUCUUCAAUUUUUAGCCGAUCAAGACCUGAAAAAGCUGCGAAAGGGCGCAAAACCACCAGAAUCGGGCAUCGACUGCUCCACGGCGGUCGACGAAUUCCCUCUGAAGUGUGGCGCGUGGAAGAACGCUGGCUUUUGCGAAACGAAUCAAGCCACGCAGUUUCUGUGGUGUCGCAGAACUUGUCUCUGCUCGAUGACAACUACGACGGAAAGCUCUCCGAAGUCCGAAUAA